GCACUCCGUGCUCUCAUCUGUAAUUCUUCCCUCACGUGCAUUAAUUCCCUCGUCAUCGGGUUGACUCGCGCAAGCCGUGCUCAAACAAAGAGAAACCCCGCAAUUGCAGUGUGGAAAAUUCCGUGAAAAUUUCUUCCCCCCCAAAGAGAAAAAAAAAAAAAAAUAGCGAAGAACUUGAGACGUUGUCAGCCACCCUGGAAAAUCUCCAUAAAGCCAGCGAAAGAGGUUGAAUCCCCUCCCACCAGUGGUUCGUGGCGUGCCUCGCCGAAUUUCCAACCCCAUCACCGACGCACCUCGUAAUCCUGACCAAAAAUAUAUUUAAAAACAAAAACCGCAUCGAAGAGUUAUAAAAACGGCACUCCUGAGGUCCGAUGUCUAGUGCUGAGGUGGUGGAUAGUUCCGUUGACCCCCCAGCAAAGAAGCGACGAAUUGCAACGACGGGAGGUUCGGACGACAGAGCAACAGUCAUGGCGAAGAACGGCUCAUCCUCAAAGUCAGAUCAGACCCACGAGAUCGACGAGGGUUUGUACUCGCGUCAAUUGUAUGUACUCGGUCACGAGGCGAUGCAGAGAAUGGCAUCAUCGGAUGUUUUGAUAUCUGGCCUCGGUGGUUUGGGGGUUGAAAUUGCUAAAAAUGUUAUUCUGGGGGGUGUCAAGUCUGUGACACUCCAUGACAACAGGGUUACGGAGAUCAAAGACCUUGGAACGCAAUUUUACCUCACCGAGGAGGAUGUGGGGAAAAAUCGCGCUCAAUCAUGUUAUCAGCGUCUCUCGGAGCUCAACAAUUACGUUCCCACCAAGUUUCACGAGGGUGAUAUCGAUGAGGAAUUUUUGAAAACAUUUAAAGUGGUGGUUCUGACGGAGACGAGUCUGGAGAAGCAGCUGGAGAUAUCUCGAAUCACUCGGGAGAAUAAAAUAGCACUGAUCAUUGCUGACACCCGAGGCCUCUUCUCCCAGGUGUUUUGUGACUUUGGAGAAGAGUUUCAUGUCGUUGAUACUAAUGGAGAGACCCCCAUCAGUGCUAUGAUUGCCAGCAUCUCCAGGGAUGGUGAGGGUGUCGUCACCUGUCUCGAUGAUACACGUCAUGGUAUGGAGGACGGGGACUACGUGACAUUCUCGGAGAUUCAGGGAAUGAAUGAGUUGAAUGGAUGUGAACCCAUGAAGAUCAAGGUUUUGGGACCGUAUACCUUCGCCAUCGGGGACACCUCAGCAUUUUCUGAGUAUCAGAGGGGAGGAAUUGUCACUCAGGUAAAGAUGCCCAGGACUCUUUUCUUCAAGAGCUUCGAGGAGUCCCUCAAAUCUCCCGAAUUUUUAAUCACUGAUUUUGGAAAAUUCGAUCAUCCAGAGCAGCUCCACCUCGCGUUCCUCACUCUCCAUGAGUUCCAGAAGGUGCACAACAGGUUGCCCAAGCCCUGGAACACAGAGGAUGCCGAAGAAUUCGGGAGGAUCAGUGAGAUGAUCAAGGAGCAAUAUGGCUUUACCACAGAGGUAAAGGAUAAUCUUCUCAAGAUCUUUGCGAACAUCUCCUCCGGGGAGUUGAACCCCAUGAAUGCAACAAUCGGAGGGAUCGUCGCCCAGGAGGUAAUGAAGGCCUGCUCUGGCAAGUUCUCCCCUAUUUUCCAGUGGUUGUACUUUGACGCUAUCGAAUGCCUCCCAGAGGAUUUAGGAGAAAUCCAGGAGGAGGAUUGUCAACCUGUUGGGGACAGGUAUGACGCUCAGGUCGCUGUCUACGGGAGAAAAUUCCAGGGAGUGAUAGGUGCCCUCAAGUACUUUGUGGUGGGUGCUGGGGCCAUUGGCUGCGAGUUACUCAAGAAUUUUGCUAUGCUCGGUGUUGGAGCUGAUGGGGGCUGUGUCACAGUCACAGAUAUGGAUCUUAUCGAGAAAUCAAACUUGAACAGGCAAUUUCUCUUCAGGCCCUCCGAUGUUCAAAAAUCGAAGGCAUCGACUGCUGCACGAGUCGUCAGGGGAAUGAAUCCGAAAAUCAAUGUCAUAGCCCAUGAGAACAGAGUUGGCCCUGAGACAGAGAGAGUUUAUAACGACGAGUUUUUUGGCACUCUCGAUGGUGUUGCUAAUGCCCUGGACAAUGUCGACGCCAGAAUCUACAUGGACAGGAGGUGUGUCUACUACAGGAAGCCCCUGCUCGAGUCAGGAACACUUGGAACCAAAGGAAACACUCAGGUUGUGGUUCCCUUUCUGACAGAGUCGUACAGCUCCUCCCAGGAUCCACCGGAGAAGUCCAUCCCCAUUUGCACUCUGAAGAACUUUCCCAACGCCAUUGAGCACACUCUGCAGUGGGCUAGAGAUAAUUUCGAGGGUCUCUUCCGUCAGGCAGCAGAAAAUGCAGCUCAGUACAUCGCAGACUCUCAAUUUGUCGACAGAACUCUGAAGCUCCCGGGUGUUCAGCCCCUGGAGGUGCUGGAGUCAGUGAAGACAGCUCUGGUGGACGAACGUCCCAAGCAGUUUUCAGACUGCGUUACCUGGGCUCGUUGUCACUGGCAAGAUCAGUACAACAAUCAAAUACGCCAGCUCCUCUUCAAUUUCCCCCCUGAUCAGGUGACAUCAAGUGGUCAGCCCUUCUGGUCGGGCCCCAAACGCUGCCCAGUACCCUUGUCCUUCGAUCCAGAGGAUCCCCUUCAUCUGGACUACAUAGUGGCAGCUGCUAAUCUCAAAGCAUCAGUCUACGGUCUACCCAGGAAUCGCAACAGAUCAGAAAUCCUGAAGAUGCUGGAGUCAGUGGUAGUCCCGGAAUUCAUUCCACGAAGUGGAGUAAAAAUCGCAGAAACAGACUCCCAGAUGCAGGUGUCCAAUGGCUCGGGUAACGUCGAUCAUGAGCGACUUCAGCAACUCCAGGAGGAUCUACCAAAGCCAUCAGAGCUCAAUGGAGUUACGAUAAAUCCCCAGGAUUUCGAGAAGGACGACGACACGAAUUUCCAUAUUGAUUUUAUCGUAGCAGCUUCGAAUCUUCGUGCUGCCAACUACAAAAUUCCACCAGCAGACAGGCACAAGAGUAAGCUCAUAGCUGGGAAAAUAAUCCCAGCCAUAGCCACCACCACAUCAGUGGUCGCUGGGCUCGUCUGCUUGGAGUUGAUAAAACUGGCGAGAGACUGCAGGAACUUGGAACGAUUUAAGAAUGGUUUUGUAAAUCUCGCACUGCCCUUCUUCGGCUUCUCCGAGCCCAUAUCAGCUCCCAAACUCAAAUAUUACGACAUCGAGUGGACCCUGUGGGACAGGUUUGAAGUACCUGGUGAGCUCACCCUCAAGGAUUUCCUGGAUUACUUCAAGGAGAAACACAAGCUAGAUGUGACAAUGCUGUCACAGGGUGUAUGCAUGCUGUACUCGUUCUUCAUGCCCAAGGCCAAGUGUCAGGAACGAAUGGGACUUCCCAUGUCCGAAGUUGUGAAGAAGGUAUCGAAGAAGAAACUCGAACCCCACGUCAGGGCACUCGUUUUCGAGCUAUGCUGCAACGACAUCGAUGGAAACGACGUCGAGGUCCCCUACGUUCGCUAUACCCUGCCUUGACUCUCAAAGCCACAAUCCACAAUUUCUUUUCCCUCGAGUAUGAGAGAUUAAUUAAUACUUAAUGAUGAAUGAUUAAGUGUUUGAAAUACGGAAUAUAGCCCAUAGUCAUUUCUACAAAUUUCUAUUUUAUCAUUAAUACGAUUUGUCAGGAAAAUUGUCGCAGGUCGCGAGGAGAUUUCGGCUUUGAGGGAUUUUUGGGGGAUCUCAGUCAUUUCUUUUUUUCGUUUUUCUUCCUGGAUUUGUCAACGCGAUUGAAAAUUAUUUAUUUUCAGGGAUAACCUCGUUUAUUCUCUCAUGAUUGAUAACAUGUAAAGUUAAUGGAUAGAGAGUACGAAAUUUUCUAGGUGGUAAAAUGAUUAAAGUAGUUGCAAUUUA